AUGUCUCUCCUUGAUCAUUUCACUCCUAAUGUCUAUGUUCCCUUCAUUUUCUUUUAUGAAGCCAACAAAGCCUCCAAUAUCUCUAAAACAUCACAACUCUUGAAACAAUCUCUGUCAAAGACACUCUCUCUCUAUUAUCCCUUGGCUGGAAAGGCCAAUGACAAUCUCUCUAUUCAUUGUGAUGACCAGGGCGCUUGUUAUGCUGUGGCCUCAGCCAAUUGCUGUUUAAGUGAUUAUCUCAAGCAACCCAUUCUCUCAACACUCCUUAAAUUUUUACCAGAUGUUGCUCUUACUGUGUUAGCACCAGGAGAUCAUGUUCUUAGGGUUCAAGAAACUGUGUUUUCUUGUGGGGGUAUUGCCAUAGGCUUUCUUUAUACACACACUGUGUUUGAUGGGGGUGCUCUAGGUGCGUUCAUAAAAACUUGGGCUACAAUUGCUCGAGAAUCGAUUACUGAAGGAGCUGAUCUAUCUCCCAAUUUCAGUGCCUCAUCAAUUUUUCCACAAAUUAGUACUGAAUCUCCUCUGGAUUUAACUUUUCUGAAUAGCAUCCUUUCCAGGAAGGGAGAGUUUGUUGUAAGGAGAUUUGGGUUUGAUGGAUCCGUCAUAAGCAAUCUUAAGGCCAAAGCAGCAAGCUCAGGCGUGCAGAAACCGACCCGUGUAGAGGUGGUCUCUGCAGUCUUAUAUAAAUGUAUUAUGUCUGCUUUAGAGGCAAAAUCAGGUACCAAGAAAUCAGCUUUGGUAACAAAUGGAGUGAAUUUGAGGCGAAAGGCUGUGCCGCCAUUUUCAGAUAAUUGGGUGGGAAAUUUUGUUUGGUUAGUAGCCAUGGAAACCCAAGCUGAAGAUAAAGAGUUGUGUAAAUUUGUGCAUCGAAUGAGGGAAGCUUUAUCCCCAAUCAAUGGUGAGUUUGUGAAGAGCCUUCAAGGGGAAGGAGGGAAGGAGACAUUCUGUGCAUACUGGAAAGGAAGGCAGGAAUCAUUUUCCAAGGCUUUGGCCAAGGGAGUGGAACCUAUUGGAUUUAAUAGCUGGUGUAAUGCAGGCCUAUUUGAUGCUGAUUAUGGUUGGGGAAAGCCUUUGUGGGUUCCAGUUGUUACCUUUGCCAUAGCAUCUCCUCAAAUCUUUAUCCAGCUCACAGAUACCAGACAUGGUAAUGGAGUAGAAGCAUGGGUUGUAUUAGAUGUUGAAGCCAUGUCUCUGUUAGAGCAUGACAAGGAACUCCUCUCUUUAGCAUCAGUAGAUCCAAUUGUUCUCUGUCUCCCCAAUGGAAUCGAAGCAUGGGUGGUUCUUGAGGAAGAAAUCAUGACUCUGGUAGAGCAUGACAAGGAACUAAUCUCUUUAGCUUCAUUAUAUCCAAGUCAUCUGCAAAUCUCUUCAGUAAGAUCAAAUCUUUUAUCAACAAUGCCUUCUGUUGUUGUUUAUUAA